GAUCCAGCCCUUAAAGAGACAUCCUUGAUCAUUGCAUACCUAGGUAUACAUCUUGUGUAAGACAUCAUACCUGGUACCCCCGAGGCCUCACACACUCGCAAUAAUGUCGUCGAGUUCCUCUCAGAAUAUUUCCCAAGCCCUUGAAGAGGCUAAAGCACGUUACGUCGUGCGAAAUGCUAAAUCCAAGAGUCUUCACGAGGAAGCUACCAAGUCUUUUCCCGGCGGCAAUACUAGGACUGUGCUUCAUACGAGCCCCUUCCCUAUCUCUAUGAAGUCUGGCAAAGGCUACCAACUUACAUCAGAGGAUGGGCAUGUCUAUACAGAUCUUACGGCCGAAUUUACGGCAGCGCUAUACGGCCACUCUAAUCCUGUGAUCCUCGACGCUGUGAACAAUGUUCUCAACAAUGUGGGCUUGAAUAUCGGGGCAACCACACCUCAAGAGCAGUUGUUUGCUCGAGAACUAUGCCGGCGCUUUGAUCUCGAACGAGUGCGGUUCACAAACUCCGGCACCGAGGCCAACCUCCAUGCUCUAGCCGUCGCAAGACUGGUCACUAAGAAGAGAAAAGUUGUCGUAUUCAACAAGGGCUACCAUGGAGGCGUAUUGAUGUUUUGGGGAGGAAAGCCGGCGCCCAACAAUGUUGACCCUGAUGACUGGAUUAUCGUCAAGUAUAACGAUCUUGAUGCCGCCGUCAAGGCAAUUCAGAGUGAGGGGGUAGCCGCCGUGCUCAUGGAAGGUAUGCAAGGCAAUGGAAGUUGUCUCAGUGCAACACCAGAGUUUUUGGCUGGCGUCCAGGAUGCCGCUGCCAAGGCCGGUGUUCUCUUCAUCCUUGAUGAGGUAAUGACUUCUAGGAUAUCAGCCUCUGGACUUGCAGGCCUGCGAGGAAUCAAGCCAGAUCUCAAGACGUUUGGCAAAUAUCUCGGCGGUGGCCUCGCUUUUGGUGGGUUUGGAGGAAGAGCCGACAUCAUGGGAGCAUUUGACCCAAGGCAGACCCCUUCAAUUCCUCAUUCGGGCACCUUCAAUAACAACACGCUCGUGACGCACGCUGGAUACGCAGGACUAACAAAGAUAUACACUCUUGAUAUCGCGGACAAGUUCUUCAAGAUUGGUGAGUCGUUCAUAUCCAAGCUUCAAGAGACAGUCGAGGGAACGCGACUGGGCUUCUCGGGAGUCGGAUCCAUCCUAUGCUCUCGAUUCGUGGAUGGAGAUACAGAGGUGAAGGAUAUAAAAUGCGCAGAUGACUUUACAGAGAAUGAAGCGUUGAAAGACUUGUUCUGGUUUGAGAUGCUUGAGCAAGGAUUCUGGAUCACGCGUAGGGGUCUCAUUGCGCUGGUACUGGAGACGCCACAGUCUGAGCUUGACAGGUUCGUGGGAGCGGUUCAAGCAUUUGUAUCAAAGUAUGACGACGUAUUGGCGUUUUGAGAGGAUGACAUGUUAGCCAUGUAGUUAUUCGAAUGAUUCUAUGAGUA